CAGAGCCACUCAGGUGCUGCUGCAGUUGGUGCGACCUCCACCGACGUUUCCAGGCUUGGCAGGAACCGCCUGCACAGGAAGCAAGUGAAGAAAAAGAUGCAUGAACGGACCAGCAUCAUGUGGUGUCCGUGAAUUCAGAGGGAGGGAGGCGGAGUUCAUCUGGUGUAAUAAAAGUAAGCUUGGAGGAAAAUGUGACAGAUGUGGAGGGCCUGUGCCAGCGAGAAAAGCGAGAGUGGGACUGUCAGACAUGUCGACUCCGGCGUAGUGAUGGAUGGAGAGUGAGAUAAUUGCUAGCGCCCGGGAAGGUCAGCCAAGUAUCCCGCCGUAGGUGCCAAAGUGAAAUCUACAGGACUACAAUUACUUGGACAGACUGAGGCGGCGGAGCGGAGUGAAUGACAGAAACCGAUUGGUUUUCUGCGGCGCUGACAUUGGACUUCACUCUCAAGUGAUUUCUCCCCUCCCGCACACCUCCGCCCUCCCGCACACCUCCGACCUCCGACCUCCACCUCUCACAGCUCUGUAAUUGUCCCUGUGUGAGACAUCACCGGAAAUCAGGCCGAGCAGGUUGUAUCUGACGGAGGGACCGGUGCCGCGCUCCCAUCCCCGCGCUCCUUCAGCAACAACACUGCUUCGUCAGCACCUGUGGCAGCAGCAGCGAGUCGACUGACCCCAGCUUCAGCCCAACCGGCUUUACCUGUACAUGGAGACCCCCAGCUGGGCAGGAAACACGUUGUGUAAGUCAGGAAGCAUUGCUGUCUUCGGGAACGUGGUGUACAGCGGACUGCUGAACGAUCACCUCUGGCAUUUGGGAGUGCCCCUCUUUACAAGACUGGGUAACCAAGAGGCCACCAACCCCCCAGAAGCGAUGGCCCAGCCGUACACUCCAGCCCAGUACCCGCCUCCCCCACAGAACGGCAUCCCCGCAGAGUUCGCGGCGCCGCACCCGCUUCCAGCGCAGGACUACACCGGGCAGAGUCGGGUUCCUGAGCACGCCAUGACCCUGUACACGCCCACACAGACGCACAGCGAGCCGGCCGGCACUGACAACAGCACGCCCGCCAUCACCGCCACCACGACCGCACCGACAGAUGAUGUGACGCAAACAGAGGGCUCUCAGCAGCUCCAGCUCCAGCACUCAGACUCUUCAGAGAAGCAGCAGCCCAAAAGGUUACAUGUCUCCAACAUUCCCUUCCGCUUCCGAGACCCUGACCUAAGGCAAAUGUUUGGGCAAUUUGGAAAGAUUUUAGAUGUGGAGAUUAUCUUUAAUGAGCGAGGAUCCAAGGGCUUUGGGUUUGUAACUUUUGAAACAAGCACAGAUGCUGAUCGUGCACGGGAGAAACUAAACGGUACAAUCGUAGAGGGACGCAAAAUAGAGGUGAACAAUGCAACAGCACGAGUGAUGACAAACAAAAAAGUGGCCAACCCGUACACGAAUGGCUGGAAGCUGAACCCGGUGGUGGGAGCUGUCUAUGGUCCUGAACUGUACGCCGUAACAGGGUUUCCCUACCCUGCCACAGGCGCCACGGUGGCCUAUCGGGGUGCCCAUUUGCGAGGUCGAGGGCGGGCUGUGUACAACACGUUCCGCACAGCUCCGCCGCCGCCGCCGAUCCCAGCUUACGGAGCGGUGGUGUACCAAGAUGGCUUCUAUGGUGCAGAGAUCUAUGGUGGCUAUGCAGCAUACAGAUUUGCCCAGCCCACCACCACCGCUGCUUACAGUGACAGCUACGGCAGAGUCUAUGCAACAGCAGACCCCUACCACCACACGAUUGGCCCUGCCGCCACAUACAGUGUGGGGACCAUGGCUAGCCUAUACAGAGGAGGGUACAGUCGCUUCACUCCCUACUAAAAGAAAGAAAAAACGCGAGAAAAGACAGAGACAUUACCCCAACAAACAAACAAACAAACAAAAACAAUUAAAAAAAAAAAAAACUCAAAACAGGCGAACACCUGGUCCUGGGUGGAGAGCUAAAUCAAACUAAAAGCUUCCAGGUCCCCAUGCUGAGCCCCCUCCCCUGACUCCCUCUCAAGCCGAUAUUUCUACAACAACCUAUUUGAUGUCAUCAUUGGUCUGCUCUUGUUUUGGAUUCAUUUCUGUGCUUUUGGUUUUCUUUUGGACAGUUUUAUGCACAUGUGCAUUAUCUCUGAUUGCCGUAUACGGGUGCUGUGUCACCAUAACCAAUGUGAGCCUACUGCAGCACGCAUGAUGCAUGCUCAGAGGUGUGUGUAUGCAGCCGCCGUCAUCUGACUAAGAAUAUACUGGGGCAUUUCUAUGAUACGCACACGACCAACUUGGCAGGUCCGAUCAGGCCGAUCACUGAUCCAUCAUUCAGCGUGCAGAAGUAAAGCUCAGUCCACAGCCUGACUCACAUGCCUCGGUGAUUCUUAGCUCAAAGACGGCGCUGCUCUGAUUGCUUUUGUUAUUCUUCCAACGUUGGAGUCCUACUGUUGUGCACCUGCAGUGGAGCGUUACAAGCUGUACUAUGUGGUAUGACAGCAUGCAGAGCAAAGGGUCAUGAAGGUCAGAGUUCUGUCCUGGACUCACAAUGCUCACACUCCAGCCCAGUCUCCUGCAAAUCACUGUUAACCUUUAUAUGCAGCCAUUCUGCGCCAGCGGUCGCCUUUUGGGAGGAAAUGUAACUCUGGCUGAGUUGCGUUCAGGGACAAAGUCUUGUGGCGCAGCGUUUGCUUUUCCCACCAGCAGCCUGGGUUAGCAUCUUGUCACAGGCCAAAAGAACCGCGUGCUGCCUGAAAUGGUUUCACUCAUUGGACCCGACCGUGUCAAACUCAGCCGCGUCGUAGCACAGGCUUUCUGAACGUGUCCGAUGCAAUCAUUACUGUGAUUUUUUCAGACUUCACGCAGCUCAAGCUGUUGCUUCAGUGUAGUUAUUGUGUUAGCAGCUCAGCUCUCUGGCAGCCUUAACGUGACGUAUCAGCGCUAACGAUAAAAUGCAGUCCUGUGGAACAUCACGACAACCGUCUGAGUAGAGAACAGCUUGAUGUUAGAGUUUUAUAAUCAACUAAUAACCAAGUCAAAAACGAAGUCAAAUGCCAAAACAAUUCUGGUUCAGCUGUCUUCAGUUUUACUCUGAACUGAACCUCCACCUCCACCACCUGACAGCCUCCAUCAGGACCUCCUAUUGGCCAUUCUGAACGAUUCAACGUGAUCUCACCGGAUGCCACACAAAGCGAACGCCGCAAAAAGAUCCCAGUUUUGAUUUAAUUACGUUUACUUACUUAUGUGAUGGAAGUUGUGUAAGUUAACUGACGGCCAUAGUUUAAAACAGACAUGAACUCCUGGUGAAAGUCACGCGUUUGAAUAACCUCCUCCCUCUACGAACUUUUGCGCUCUUUACGAUUACGAUUUUCUGUUUUCGGCCCUGUGACAUUCGCACCUAAAGUGACGCGCCAAAGCUUUAAUGUGUCGCAUUUCACCGAGCAGGCUGAUUGGUCUGCUUAGCCCAAAAUACGACCGCUAAACGCAGACGGUCGCACACGGACUGAAUUUGCAGAAGACACGGCUGUGUGUCCUCCCUGAUACACCACAGCAGAUGAACUGUACUCAGAGGUGCACUGUAACACAUGUUCCCCACACACACACACACACACACACACGCACACACACAGCACUGAGGUGGGUGGACCUGACAGACUGGCCGCGCUCGCCCUCUCCCUGUUUUUUAAGCAUUGCACAAAGUGUUUUACCUCAGGAUAAGCUAACUGAAACUCACAAACUGGAAUACAGUGCUAUUCACUCCUCAGCAGGCAGGAUAGGUUCAUUUCUAACACAACCAGCAGGUUUGUCCUCUUUGCAACACGGCUUUCUAGAAGAUUUUUCACUUUUGUUUGAGCAGCGACCCCAAGAGAGGAUGACAAAAUAAGACUGUACUGUUGUUCUUUGUUAAAGCUCCUGUAUGAUAUAUAUAUGUAGACAUAUACUGUAUAAAACAUUUCAACUGUAUACACA